CCAAAAAACCUGCAUAACCCACAUGAGAAUUACUUAAACUGAACGACAUGAGCGAUCCGGAGAAUGAGACGAAGAGCAAUAAGCGCGGCCCUAAACACAUGCGGCUGCGUUACUAUACGUCCUAUGAGGAGGCCAUGAUUGUGAAACUGUGGCGCGAGCAUUUGCAAGAAAUAACUUCGUACACUGAGAAUCUGGUAAUAUUUCGGGAGAUUGCCUUUGGAUUACAGCAGCAUCGCAUAAGGCUAAACAAGCAGGAAGUGCGACGACGUAUUAACAGCUACCGCAACAAGUAUUUAGUCGAGCGCAGUCGCUAUGAGAACGAUCCACAGUACAAAUCAGAUUGGCGUUUGUAUCAGCUCGUCGACAGCCUCUUGCAGCCAACAGCUUCAACUAGGGCAACGUCCCCCAUAACUACGGAGCGCAAAUUGAUUGAGGAUUUGGAAGAGAAAAUACGCAGCGAAGUUCCUAGUUUGCCUCGCUUCAAUCGUCACGAUUGCCGCACGAUGAAGUUCGAAAUGGAUCCGGACAGCUGUCCCUUCUACGAGGAUCAAACGACAACGGCUCAGGUGAAGGCGGAGCUGCCACAAACGCUGGAAUCGCCCAAGCAACAAAUAAAGACUGAACUGAAGGCCGAAAGGGAACACCUGCAGCCAGUGCAGUCCACGCCAAUGGAGAAACGUCCGCCUCUAAUGCCUGCCAAUCGCACGCUGGAGCCGCAAUUGCAGCCACAGCCAUCGCCUGUUUUGGAGGCUAGCCAACCCUCGGUGCGUCGUCUGCGUCGCCGUAGUAUAAUGCCACGCACGGGCCAAAUAACUUUGGCCCAGAUCGAGAGAUUGCGCAAAGAAAACGAAAUGCUGGUCGAGCAGCGGGAUGCCCAUCUGGCUGAUUUGGCCUUGAAGGAACGCGAAUAUCAGAAUCUGGAGCAAACAUUCGACUUCUGGCUGCAUCAACAGGAGACGUGGAUGGCCUACCUGGACACGCGUGGUAUUAAGUGAACCUGAAAGUUGUCCUUGUUGAAAAGUUAAGUUUAGA